UCGAAAUUAUCUCACACUAUGCAAUUAUAUAUAUAUAAAACAGAAAGAUCUUUGGUUUUCUUGUUGCCCUGGGUUUUCUUCCCCACGCACAACCCUUUUCUCUCUGAAAAACCCUAAUUAUAGCUCGCCGUUUAUCCCUCUAUCUUCCCUUUACUACUCAUCAAGAUCAGGUAGCCAGGGUUGAGACGAGUCCAACAUCUUCGCAAGGUGGUUCGCAGCAAUCCAACAAAUUACCGUGACCAGUGCGCGAAUUGGUCUUGAUUUUGUCCAGGGUUUGUAAAGGACCUUGUGGGCUUCUUUUUUUUUUUUUUUUUCCUUUUCAAAAUCUUCAUUCAUCACCGACGUGGAGUUGGGUAUGUGAAUUAUUAGAUCGUGAAAGGUGUGAUAAUUGAGGUGCUGAUAGAAUGCCAAUGGAGCAGUGAUUAAAUUAAUUUGAAGAUUUAUUUGUUAUCUCUGAGUUUUGGAGUAGCAUGGACAACGGAUGCGAUGUAAAUCACUUGGAUGGUGAUGUUCUUUUGCCUCCUCGGAAGCGCCUUCUUGCUGGAUUGAAGAAGCAGAAUUGUGAUGGUGACGCUGCUGCUUCUCCAUCUCUGGCUGCUUCUUCAUGUGUUAGGGCUUCUGAGGUUGCUUCUCCUUCUUCAUCUUCUUGUUCAAGUGAAUUUGAAGCUCGCCUUAAGCAUUUAUUGAAUUCUCAUUCAAAUAACCCUAACCUCACCCAUGAGGAGAUUGCUGAGGCCUCAAAAUCAGCAGCUGAAGCUGCUACUAAGGCCGCAGAAGCUGCAAGAGCUGCUGCCGAAGAAAAAGCUGCAAGAGCAGCAAAGGCUGUUGCUGCAGCCAAGAGUGCAUUAGAUUUGGUUGCAUCUUUUUCUGAAGAGGCAAUUUCCAAGGAAAGAAAUUUGAAAAGGAACAAGCUAAAGAAGCACUUACCGGUUCAGCUGUUGUACAGAAAAAACCAACCGGUCGAAAGUUGUAGGAAAGAUGAAGAGUUAGCCCGUAAGUUACACCGAGCCAUGAACAGCUCUCCUAGAAUCUCAAAAAAUUCUCCAAAUUCAGACUCAAAGGGGAACAAGCACAAGAAGCCUAAAAGCUCUUCAAGCUUUGAAAUAACCGAAGUCUCUGAUGCCGGUAUGGCAGUAGGACAAGAUUGCUUAUCUUUGAACAAUGGCCAUGCAGUAGGAGGCAAAAAUGGCUAUGAAGUUUCCAUCCAAGAGGCAUGCUCAAGCAAGGAAGAUAAGAAGGGAGGUAGAUAUGAUAAAUACAGUCAAAUGGAGAUAUAUAACGGGGAAGCAGAGUCAAGCCAGUCAAAAGAGAAAAUCUCUGAAGAUUUGUCUCCCAUAGGUAAGAAAAGGGGAAGGGUGAAGCUUAAGAAGUUACCCUUGAGCAUUUGCACAUCUAAAGAUAAGGCACAGCCAAAGGAAGAGAGAAGGGCUGGAAGCUCUUCGUUGACUGAUAUCAAUGCAGACGCAAAUGGCCUUGUUAAUAUACCUUUGUUUCAAGUUGAAUCAACCACAGAGAGAGUGAUCCCGAUUGAAGCUACAUCAAUGUGGAAAUGUCAGGAGUUCAAGGCACCGUCAUGUAUCAAACAAAAUAAAGCUGUGCAGUCAUAAUAUUCAAAUUACAUUGACAAGAAUCGGGUCUGUCAUGAUAGAAGCCUGUGGCUGAGGUAGGAAUUAUGAUGCUCCUUUUUUUACUUCCUUUUUUUUUUUUUUUAGGUCCCCGUAAAUGGCCUUUAUCUUGUUCAUGUUUUGUUUUGUAUUUAAUUUCUGUUGACUAAAUGUAUAAUUAGAUUGUUAGUUUCCUGCCAUAGAAUGCUUCUCUCAUUUUAAAGUUGUGUCCCUUUAAUUGACAACAAAACAUGAGUUUAGAUAGAACGAUGGCGUGAAUUUGAAUAACUUCUCUAUUGUGUUGCAUAUGCUAUCUGGCACUAGUUCUGAGAAUAAUGUAUUGAAAAUCUGAAUCUCAUGUUCAGACAUUUUACCUA